GCUUUCCUGUCCCAUAAUGAGCCUGUGGGAUUUGCUUAAACAGAAGGGAGGGUGCCUCUAGAGACAGGCUGUCUUGAUUUUGGAAAAAUAUGUCUGAGUGUUGGGCUCUAGAACAGAAGCAGAAAGGCCUACUUGUAUUUAGGGGCUCCAGACUGAGCCAGGAGCAGGUGGGGACAGAGGCCAUUGCAGGGACCUGGGCUACUAAAAGAAAAGGCCUGGCAGCUGGAGCUGUUGACAUGGUUGGUCAGCCCCAUGAGCACUGUCCUGGGAGGCCUCAGCAAUGUCGGGGUAGGAGGCACUUGAGGAGGCGUGGGUGUUUAGGCGUCACCUCCGAGGACUGGGGUUGGGCGUUCUUCCUGGAGGUUUCCAGCUGUGGCUACUUCUUCCAUUCUCUCUCCCCAGUGUCCCCCGAGCGCUACAGUAAUGGCAGUGCCGCCUCUUCUUCCAAAAGCGCAGAGGGCAGCUGCCGGCGUCGGCGACAGCCAAGCAGUUCUUCUCAGCAGAGUCAGUGGGACACGGGCUCCCCUCCAACCAAACGGCAGCGUCGGAGUCGGGGCCGCCCUAGCAGUGGUGCCAGGCGGCGGCAGAGAGCAGGGCCGGCAGCGGAGCAGCAGCAGCACCAGGAGCUGGGCAGGCCCUCAUCAGAAGGAAAAGUGACCUGUGAUGAGGACACAGGCUCAGAGAGGUGAGGUCACAUGCCCAAGCCCCACAGCUAGUAUGGCAGAGCCUGGGACUCGCUUUCAGGUCUGUGGGACUCUACCAGCUGCCUCUGCCUCUGCCCAGCCCUGCAUGGCCUUGGGCAGGUUCUGUUGCCCCCCCACUCCCCGUCCCCGCCCUCAGUUGGGAGGGUGUGGUCAGUGCUUUAGAGUCCAUGUUGGGGGGGGGGCCCAGGAGCAGGCCUGGGAGCUGAAGCUGGGCCUCCAGUGGAGAGGAUGGGGUUCCCCUCAAGGCAGAAAGAGGAAGGGUUUGGGGUGUGGGGAGGAAGUGUGUGUGGUAAGAAGUCAUCUGGGGUUCUGGGGACCUGCCUUCUGCUUUCCACUCUCUCUGAGCUGCUGUGGAAAGGUGACAGGAGCCACAACCUUCAGGCUCAUCUUCUCAGGGCUUUGAUUUCCCGUUGGGUUGAAGGUGGCCCCUGACCUCAGGGUUAGGGUAUGUGUCAGUCACUUGGCAUUUCACAGCUGUUGGCCACUGAGGUUUCAGGGGCACCCACUGUGCUGUGGCUUCACCAGUGACUGGUUACUUUCUGCCCGCUCUCAGAGGUGCCCUCCCUAGUCUAGGUAGGGACCUGCAUUUGCAGAGGCUUUGACUUGCCCAGGGUACAGCAGCGGUCUAAUAACCCCUAGCUACAAUGAUUUCAACCCUUAGAGAAGCCUGCGUCUAGCCUGUCUGGAUCUAGGAGGCUCUGCCAGGCUGGGUGAUCUUGGGCUAGUCACUUUGCUUUCACUUCGGUAAACAGGUUUUAAUCGGUGCCUCACAGGGUUGUGUGUGAGUUGAGUUCUGUGACUCAGGCACUUGGGCAGGCGGGGUUCGGGAUGUUUUGGCAGUUAUCAGUGUCGUGGAGUGUUGGCUGCUGCGGACCCCAAGCAUAGCUGGACCUUGCACAACUGUGUCAAUAUGAAGAGAUAGCACUGUUAAUAGCCUCCCAUGGGAUGUGGGUUCCCCAGAGGAGAGGUGGCUAGCCCAAACUCAUGCUAGUGUGGACUGUCUUUAGAAGCUCUGCCUUUGUCCCUUGGGCAGAGCUGCCCUGGACAGAUGUAGGUCGAGGCUAAGUGACAGAAACUUACCUCAAAGGAUUUCGUGAAAGUGGGAACUGACGGUGGUGCCUGCCAGUCCUGAUGGUUCUUCUUGAUGCAUAAUGAACUCAGGGGUCUCUUUCCCUCCACCUUUAGCCCUGUGUGGGCUUCAUUCACCUCCCUGGGUGGCCCAGUGGCUCUCAGCAGCCUUGGGCUUACUACUCUGUCAUCUUACCUUCUGUGGAAAGAGCACUGUACCCUCAGCAGAGCCUGGUCUGCUGUGCUUUGCUGAGGCCCCUUGCUCCCUGGAGCUUGCUGGAAGUCGGGGCUGUGCUUGAUCUGGGACUCUCACUGUGUGAGAGGUGGUGUGAGGCCGGCUGCUGGAAGCCAGGUCAUUCACAAACACUGAGCAUCAUCAGCUCUGUGCCCCAGGGUGUGUGCCUGAGCAACAGGUCCUUCAGGGUGUUGGUAUCUGGGGACCUCGGGAUGCCGCUGUUGGAGUGGGUUAGAAGAUGACAGGUACCUUUGGGAAAUCCAGUGUGGAUCUGGGGAGCUGGG